UGAAACCAAACUACCUUGGGCGUAUAAAUUGAUUCACCCUCCACAUGCUUACUUAACUGCAUAUGCCUUUGAUCACUCUGUGCUCAUCAAGUUAAUACCAAUACUUCUCACACAGCAGCGGACAGCAAAACAGCUUGUUUGUACGUAUUAAUUCCACUUCCAUGGACGAACCUCAUGAUCAGCUUGACUUGCCUGGAUUCCGCUUUCACCCCACUGAAGAAGAGCUUCUCAAUUUUUACCUCAAAAGCAUGGUGUUGGGUAAGAAAUUACGUGGAGAUAUCAUUGGCUUCUUGAAUAUUUACAAUCAUGAUCCUAAGGACUUGCCAGGUCUGGCAAAAAUUGGAGAGAGAGAGUGGUACUUUUUCGUACCCAGGGACAGGAAACAUGGAAGUGGAGGGAGGCCUAGUCGAACUACAAAAAAUGGAUUCUGGAAAGCAACCGGGUCGGAUAGGAAAGUACUGAGCAUGUCGGACCUGAAGAAGAUGUUGGGGCUAAAGAAAACACUUGUGUUCUAUGAGGGCAGAGCACCACGUGGAAGGAGGACUGACUGGAUCAUGAAUGAGUACCGCUUGCCCGAUUCAUGCUCCCCCCCAUCCAAGGAUAUAGUACUGUGUAAAAUAUAUAGGAAGGCAACCUCCUUAAAGGUGCUGGAGCAGAGAGCUGCAAUGGAGGAAGAAGUCAAGACAUACUCUUCUCCAUCGCCACUAACAUCGUCCCUGCACCCCGUCUCGUCCUCAGAUCAGUUUGAGGAUGUGAACUCGACAAGCAGUAACAGGAGGAUUUCGACUUGCACUGGCCUAGUGUUACCAAACGGGAUAGAGAAUUUAGCAGAGCUCCAAGUGCCUAAAAUCGGCAUUGACUGGAACCAAGACUGUUUGUGGACACUUGAGAAUCUCACCCCCUACUUGCCAAUGUGCCAAUUCAGUCUCUGAACUAUACUAAAAUUUGACUUACAGAUGAUUUGGGCCAAAGACACUUGACAAGCAUCAAGGUUGCUCCAAUUCCUAGUUGACAAAUGUAUAUUAAUUUCACCAAGUCUUGAUUACUGUAAUCCAAUAAAUUAAUUAUGUUUUACUACAUGCCAAGGUUGAUUCAACAUAAAACUUGUUGAACAUAAGGGUGAUAAAAAAGUUGAGUUGUCUCCUUGGAAAUCUAUUAAGUACUAAGCUUAACGAUCAGUAAAUCAGAGGAGUUGCAGUAGAACUUUUGGUUUAUUUUCUAUAGUAUUUAUCAGCUGUAUUAUACAA